AUGGUUUCCUUCUGGACCCCCGCCAUCGUCAUGGUUUUCACUUACGUCAAAAUCUUCAUCGAAGCACGCAAGCAAGAGAAAAAGAUGAGAUUGCUAGUGGUCAGUGCAUCCAACACAUCAACAAGCAACUAUAACAGCAACGUGAAUAACGUUAACAGCAACGCUAACUGCAACAUCAGCAACGUUAAUAAUAACAACAACAACAACAGCAGCAGCAGCAACAACAACAACAACAACACAGUUAACCGUAGCAUCACAACAGGACCUACAAAUUCUGAUGUUCUCAAUAAGUUGAUUAGGGACCAUGAAACUGACGGCAAUAACGUUACUGGCUCUAACGACAAUAACUCAAACAACUAUAAUAAUAAUGAUAAUAAUAAUAAUAAUAAUAAUAAUAAUAGCAACAACAACAGCAACAACACAGAUUCCAGUAACACCGAUAACGACAACCACACUAAUAAUAAUAAUAACAAUUUUAAAAACAGCCACAACCGCAAUAACAACAAUAACAACAGCAACAACAACAACAAGACAGAUAAUAGUAGUAGCAAUAACGACAACCACACAAAUAAUAAUCCCAACAAUUGUAACAACAACAAGAACAACAACGAUAAUAACAACGAUAACAACAACAUAAAUAGCAAUAGUGGUUGCAAUGUUGAGAGGAUUGGUUGUGCAGAUGCUGAUGGCAAAAAUGACUGCCUGUCCAUAACAACUUCAAGCCAUCUCAAAAUACAAUUCGCGUACCCAUCUUUGAAAGUGGGUUUGACUGAGCUUAAUGUUUGCCUAUCAUACAUCUUAAAAUGCCAUGUUAAAAUUAAAGCAUUCAAACUAGCAAGUAGCAUUAGUUCGAAAAAUGAUUUUAGAGGAACCAAAGGAGACGAUAUCGUAAUUAGCAACACUGCAAUAAACAACAGAGCAAUUGGCAUAAAAGCAAUUAGCAUCGUGGAUGUCGAGAACAUAGGCAGUUCAAACAACGACGUUGAAAUCAACACAAGCGACAACAACUACCUCAAAAUACACAACAGUAGUUCCACAGGCAACAACGUAAAAAACAGAAACAACCUCAGCACCAGCAGCAGUCGACUGCAACUCAGCCUCUCGAGUUCCAGCCAAAGAUUGACACAACAACGUAAACAGAUUCAUCGAGAGAACAAAGCUGCCAAAACAUUAGGUGAUUUGAGCAUGAAAUGA